AUGUGGAAAGACCAAGUCCCUGUGCGGUCACCCAUGCACCGAACCCUGUCAUGCCCCGUAUCAGUGUUCCGAGAAGACGCCCUGCGCGUCCACGGUCACAUAGCAGCAUCGAAGGGACCGGUGCCGCAGCCAACAAGAGGACCUUCCCUGACUCCGUUGACAUGCGACGACGAAUGCGCUCGCCUGGAGCGGAAUCGUGCUCUGGCAUCUGCGCUUGGCGUCGAGAUUAACCCGACCACCACAGUUGCUUCGAGCAUCUCUCCCAACACCCUUCCUUAUUCAACUGAAACCCUGGACUUGUACGUCCAGCUUUCUUCCACCUCCCCGCUCUCCACUCUACAGACGUACGAAUCAACCCUCCAUUCCUUAGCAACCAGUACCACUCAGCGAUCCGUACGCUUCCAGCCCGCCAAAUCGCCCCUCCGUGCGUUCAUCCACUCCCUAGCCGCGGACUGGGGCUUCGCCAGCGAGAGCUUCGAUCCAGAACCCCACCGCCACGUCUUCGUCCUGAAGCCCACAACGUGGACCCCUCCACUCCUCGGCUUCGGCCCCGAGAACUCCAUCGGCAUCGGCGGCAAGAGCGUCGGCGAAUGCGUCAAGCUGCGCGAACGCCAGCGUCUCAAAGAGCGCGAAGCGCAACGCCUCGCCGCCGCAGAAGCCAAGGCACUCAAGGAAGCUGCCAGAGCGCAGCAGUCUACGGACACGACCAGCGACGGCGGCUGGGCCCAGGUUGCUGCGUCCCGUCGGAGCAACGGCGUAAGCUCGACAAGAAGCACGACGCCCGUUGCGAGUCCUAGUCCGUGGUCCGGCUCGAAGUUCGCGGCCCUUGCUGGCGGCGACAACGGGGGCUGGGGUCUUCCUAAGAAAGAGAAACUCGUUCUUCGGUCCGGCGUAGGAGCCGCGAAGAAGAAUCUCUCCACUCUGCCUGCGACUGACGUUGCGGAUAACUGGGAAGAAGAGGAGGAGAAGGUAGAGCAAGAAGAGGAGCGCGAGCGUGAGCGUGAGCGCGACCAACAGUCGGAGGGAGAAGAAGGACCCAAAGUCGACGAGAAUAACGAAUUGACUGACGCGACGGAUUCGGGAUUGCCCGCUAAAGUGGAGAUGCCUGCGGACGCGGUUGUCUCGACGGAUUGA